UGCAAGGAGUGAGUGCGUGACGACGAGUGUGUCUCGCGGCAACAGCUGAGUCAGGUGGGGGCGGGGCUGUGGUCUGAGUGAGUCAGGUCAGUGGCCCUAGGGAGUCUCGUGAUCAGAGAGAGGAGAGGUAAGCCCCGUAAGCUACCCAGCCACCCUCACAGCUGCACAAGUCACCACGAGGACAGGCCAGGACAAGUGAGGCCAAGGGUGCUCAACACUUUCCUAGGGUGCAAACAUGGAGGCAUGGUUGAAGGUGUUGGUGGGUGUGGUGCUUGUGGUGGGGGCUGCUGCUGACACUCCGGCCAACUGUACCUUUGACGAUGUGCGGGGUGACUGGAUCCUGUACGAGACGGAGCGCACAGGGGAUGCCUCCAUCGACUGCGACAACAUGGGCCCCAUCAUGCACAAGAAGACUGUGAGCCUGAUGUACCCAAGUGUGGCAGUGGAUGAGUUUGGAAACCGAGGCUUCUGGACCAUGAUCUACAACCAGGGCUUUGAGAUCAGGGUGUCGGGACGCUCCUAUUUUGCUUUCUCUCUCUAUGAAAAGAGUGGCAAGACAGUGAUCUCCAAAUGUGACAAGACUUUGACUGGCUGGUCAAGGGACGUCACUGUCAGGAACUGGGCGUGUUAUCGUGCCCAGAAGAAGACCGCUGUGCCUCCCAAGACCCACACCCUCGCCUCCACAAACCAGGACAACAAUCUGUACCGAUACAACAGGGACUUUGUGAACAGCAUCAAUGCCAAGCAGAACAGUUGGGUGGCAGGUGUUUACCCAGAAUAUGAGAGGAUGACCCUGGGAGACCACUUGAGGAGGGCUGGCGGCAGAGUAUCAACAAUGAUGGUUGGAGCGCGUGCUGCCCCAUCCACCUUCUUCAGCCGCAUCCGCUCUGCUGCAACACCUGAGACCUGGGACUGGCGCUCUGUGGAGGGCGUUAACUUUGUGUCUCCUGUCAGGAACCAGGGCAAUUGUGGAUCUUGCUAUGCCUUUGCCUCCAUGGCCGGCCUGGAAGCGCGCAUGAGGAUCCUCACCAACAACACAGAUACUCCUGUCUUUUCCCCUCAGGACAUUGUGGGCUGCUCCAAGCUGUCCCAGGGCUGUGAGGGAGGAUUUCCAUACCUCAUAGCUGGAAGAUAUGCCCAAGAUGUGGGUGUGGUGCUGGAGCAGUGUUCUCCCUACGAGGGCAAGGAUGAUGUGUGCCGCACCAAAACUCAGUGUGCCCGUCACUACACGGCUUACUAUAGAUAUGUUGGAGGAUACUUUGGUGGGUGCAAUGAGGAGGAAAUGAAGCUGGCACUGGUGAAGGGAGGGCCGCUGGUGGUGGGUCUGGAGGUGUACAAUGACUUCCUUCACUACAAGGGGGGCGUGUACCACCACACUGGUCUCAUGGACCGCUUCAACCCCCUGGAGCUGACCAACCAUGCGGUGCUGCUGGUGGGGUAUGGGGAGGAUGCACUCACCGGUGAGAAGUAUUGGACUGUCAAGAACUCCUGGGGUGAGGACUGGGGCGAGGGAGGCUACUUCAGGAUCCUCCGUGGCCAGGAUGAGUGUGCUAUCGAGUCCAUGGCCGUGGAGGUUGUGCCUAUUCCUUAAAUGGUACUAGUCAUGUUUUUUUUUGAUUGGGCAGGAUGAGGUUCAGGAAUGUCUUAAGUAAAACUAGAGUAUAAUCGAAGGUUUUUUAUCUUGCACAGUGCUCCAGUGACUCCAUCAUCAUCCUUUCCUAUUUUUUAUCUUUUCUGUGUCUCUUAUGCCAGAUUUCCACUUGGCCAGAUGUGGAUCGUAUUACAAGUUAUUUUUGCAUUGCUGUUCAGUCCAUUUUAUAUGAAGAUCUUCAGUUAUCAGUAUUACUUCCUGCUUUUGUUUUCUGUUGUCUCCUUUCAUGUCAAAGUCUCUUAUAAUACUGCAAUAUCCACUUUUCAAGCUGCUGUCUCCUCUUUGUCACUAUUCUCAACUGGGAGGUAGUAUGACUUAUUCAAAGGCCUUCCCAACACUGUAUGAAGGAGGCUGGCUGUCAUUAGGUGCUGGCCUAUCCUUGGUUGUGGUUCUCUUCUUGGCUGGGUGUCUGCUGCACCACAGGGAUCAUGAGCUGUUGCAGAGUUGAUUACUGAUUUUGAGAGAUGGUCAGUCUUAUUUGCUACUGUCCAUCAUGUUACUUGGACCACUUUGUGAUGUAUGGUAUUUAGUUGUAUCCCUUUUGACUUAUGAUAAUAGACAUGUAUAGAUUUCUUUAGCCCAAACUGAAGACUGUAAAUUAUGGUGUGUUCUUACCAGUUAAUAUAUGCUGGUGUUCAAGACUGGAAAGCUUAUAUCAAUUAAGGGCAUUACUUAGCUUUUUAUGGUGGUUAAAUAUAUAUCUACACUCCCUUAUUUGUGCUGCCAUAUUGACUUACAUGUGUUUUCAAAGCAUUUACAGUGUUCAUCUGAUAAUCUUGUGCUGUGACCAGAAAGUGUUUGUUGAGCUGGUACUCCUGUGGUGUCUUGGUAACAUUUAUUCAGCUGGUACUCCUUGAUGGCAUAGAAGCAUUUACUCAGUGCUACUUAUGGCAUGGAAACAUUUAUUUAACUCAUGCUUUGUGUUGUGGGAUGUGAGCAUUUAUUCACCUGAUGCUGUCAAUGUUCUCAGUAUUACAAGUUAUUUUUGCAUUGCUGUUCUUAGCCAAUUGAUGCUGUUGUUACUGUAUUGAAUUGCUUUCCUGUUCCUGACUCUUUGUGGUGGUUUUGUGGUAAUUCUGCAGAGGAAUACUCAGUACUGCUAUAUUUUUAGUGUUUACGGACAAGAGUUGUGAUAAAAAUGAUAAAUACAUUUUCUCGUAUGA